GCCAUUUCUUGACUAAUAAUAAGCCAGAUUGCGAACAACUGAUUCCUGAUAACAUCGCCGCAAAAGAGGGAGAGAAAAACGACCGCAAGGUAGAAGCAAGAAGAGUAUCGAUCCCAACCACCAACAAUCCAGCUCCAGCAUUAAUCUCUGGAGGCCAAGCAAUUCACCUGUUCCACCAUUGUUGAACGGAGAUGGAGAAGAAACCUUCUUCAGCAAAAACCAUGGCGGUCUUGCCCUACGAAACCCCUAGACUAAGGGACCAUUACCUUGUGGGAAAGAAACUUGGGCAAGGCCAAUUUGGGACCACGUACCUCUGUACGCACAAGGUGUCAGGUGAACAGUACGCUUGCAAAUCGAUUCCCAAGCGGAAGCUCUUGUGCAAGGAGGAUUACGAAGACGUGUGGAGAGAGAUUCAGAUCAUGCAUCAUCUGUCGGAGCACCCCAAUGUGGUUCGGAUACAAGGCACGUAUGAGGACGCUGUGUUUGUGCACCUGGUUAUGGAGCUUUGUGCUGGGGGUGAGCUGUUUGAUAGGAUUAUUCAAAAGGGGCAUUACAGUGAGAGAGAGGCGGUCAAGCUGAUAAAGACCAUUGUUGGCGUGGUCGAAGCUUGUCACUCUCUUGGGGUCAUGCAUAGGGAUCUCAAGCCUGAGAAUUUCUUGUUUGAUAGUUCUAGUGACGAUGCUCAGAUGAAGGCUACGGAUUUUGGCCUCUCUGUCUUUUACAGGCCAGGACAAACCUUUUCCGAUGUAGUUGGAAGCCCCUACUAUGUUGCCCCCGAGAUUUUGUGCAAGCGUUAUGGACCAGAAGCAGAUGUAUGGAGUGCUGGAGUUAUCCUUUACAUCUUGCUGAGUGGAGUCCCACCUUUUUGGGCCGAAACUGAACCAGGCAUUUUCAGACACAUAUUACAAGGAAAGCCAGAUUUUCAAUCUGACCCAUGGCCAAGCUUAUCAGAAAGUGCUAAAGAUUUGGUGAGCAAAAUGCUAGAGAAGGAUCCUAAGAAAAGAAUUUCUGCCCAUGAAGUCUUGUGUCACCCUUGGAUAAAUGAUGAUAAUGUUGCACCUGACAAACCUCUGGAUUCCGCGGUUUUGUCCCGUCUGAAACAGUUCUCAGCUAUGAAUAAAGUGAAGAAGAUGGCAUUACGGGUGAUAGCAGAAAGGCUCUCAGAGGAAGAAAUCGGUGGUUUAAAAGAGUUGUUCAAGAUGAUUGACACAGACAAUAGCGGGACUAUAACAUUUGAGGAACUCAAAGAAGGUCUAAAAAGGGUCGGUUCUGAUCUAAUGGAAUCCGAAAUCAAAUCCCUAAUGGAUGCGGCUGACAUAGACCAAAGUGGAACAAUCGACUAUGGUGAAUUUCUUGCUGCCACAUUGCACAUGAAUAAGACGGAAAGAGAGGAGAAUUUACUUGCAGCAUUUUCCUAUUUUGACAAAGAUGGCAGUGGAUACAUCACCAUUGAUGAGCUUCAACAGGCUUGUAAAGAGUUUGGCUUAGGUGACGUGAAUCUAGAUGUUAUGUCAGAGAUUGAUCUAGACAAUGAUGGGAGAAUUGAUUAUGGGGAGUUCGUAGCAAUGAUGAAGCAGGGGGAUGGAGGGUUUGGCAGCGGCAGAACUACAAGAGGCAAUUUGAACUUCAAUAUAGCAGAUGCCUUCCAAGUAAAUGACUCAUCUUGAUUCACACACACUAAGCAAAUUGAUGUAUUGUACAGAUAGGAAGCACGAUUGCAAUUUGUAAAGACAAACAAGUCACUUUUUUAUUUUACUUUAUUUUUUUCAUAUUUAUAGCCACACGGUU